UCUUUUUACUCUACACGACGGGUAUCGUCGCUUCUCUUCACCUCAACACGAAGACACCUUUGAUUUGUUUCCAAGAGAGAUAGAUAGAGUGGAGAGGAGGAGGAGCCUUCUUCACCUUAUAUAACCCUACUCUUCCUCGAGUCCUUCAGAUCGUCUCCUCACCACACACACCACUCAACCUAAUUCCCCUCUCCAUUCUAUAUAUCCUUCUCCCAUCCCCAGAUUCUUCUCCUCAGCCUCCUUUUCUCCGUCUUCACUCCGAUUAAGACCUUUCUCCACUCCACUUCUGUUCGACCCUUCAGUGUUGAGACUUUAACGGAUUUGGAUUUCAAUGUAGGCAUCGCUACCAACGUAAAUCUGGGUUUUUUUUUGUUUGUUUUAUGGUUGGGUCUUUUUUAUCGUAUACAUGCAGUUUUGGGGAGAGUACGUGCGAUUAAGCGACGAAUCUUGUUUGAUAUACGCAACAAGAAGGGUUUGAACGGAGAGAGGAGUAAUGGAAGGAGGAAACAUGGUGGUCAGGGUGAAGAGAGAAACGGUUGUGGCAUGCAUGACUUGUUCUCUCUGUGACAAUCUCCUCCGUGACGCCACUACCAUUUCUGAGUGUCUUCAUACGUUUUGCAGAAAAUGCAUUUAUGAGAAAAUCACAGAGGAAGAGAUAGAAAACUGUCCAGUAUGCGAUAUUGACCUCGGUGGUACUCCCCUGGAGAAACUAAAGCCCGACCAUAUUUUGCAAGACUUGAGGACGAAAUUAUUUCCCCUAAAACGGAAGAGAGAGAGUGUGUCUUCCAACACAUUACCUGCAAGGAGGAAAGAGAGGUCUAUCUCGUCUUUGGUGGUAAACACACCUAGGGUUUCAGCACAAGCUGGUACAACAGGAAAAAGAACAAAAACUGCGACGAGGAAAGAUGUGCGAGGUAGUGGUUCAUUCACUAAGAGAGCUGUGAAAAAGGAAGAAGAAUUUGGAGAUGAUAACACAGAGAGUGCAAGCUCGCCUGAAACACUUAAAAAAUUCACUCAGAAUAAAAGGCAGUCUUCAUAUGCAGAGCCCAACCAGUCCCUUUCUAAUAGAAGAAACAAGAGUGCUGAUGAACCUUGGGAUUCCAAAUUGCAUUCCUGGAAACCUUUAAAUUUUCUUGUUGAAGUGGCGAACGGAACAGAGGACCCAAAAUCUGAGCAUGGAAAUGCAUCUCACAAUGAUGUUGAGGGGAGUAAAACCAAAACGAAGGAGAAGAAAAGAAAAUGUAAACUUGAGGAAGAGAACAGCAAUAAUGGUAAUCCUACAACAUCAGAAACUGCUACUCUUAAAAGAACGCGUAGGACUCGCCGCAAAAGGUCUUCUUCUUUUGGUGAUUCAAUAAUUUCACCAUUACCAGGUGCAACAAGCCUGAAUCAGGAGAGGAGAAAAGGUCCUGUUUGGUUCUCACUUGUGGCGUCAACUAAUCAGGACGGAGAAACAUCUUUGCCUCAGAUUCCAGCAAACUACUUGAGAAUAAGGGAUGGAAGUAUUCCAGUUUCUCAUAUCCAAAAGUACCUCGUGAAGAAGCUUGAUCUCAAAAGUGAAACUGAGGUGGAGAUAAGAUGUAUGGGAGAACUAGUUCUCCCAACGUUGCAGCUUCACAGCUUAGUGGACCUAUGGUUGGAAACAACUUCUAAGCAUGAAAGAGUCGCUGCAUCUGUAGGUGCCUCUGCAAAGGAAUUUGUGAUGGUGUUAGUUUAUGGGCUGAAGCUCCCUGAAAGCAACAACUAAAGAACUUAUUCAUUGAAACUUUUAUAGACCGAGAGAAGAAGUAAAGGGCAGGAGCAGUGGAAUGUGUUGUGUAGAAAACCUGGAAAUUUAUAUUUAUUAAUCAUUAGACUCUUUAAAUUGAAAGAUUGGUCAGACAGACACUGACGUUUGUUAUCCAAGAAGAUUUAGAAUUGUUUUUUAAAGAAAACUUUGUCCGUUUUGGACACUUAUAUGUAUGAUUGGAAAGUGUUGUCAUUUCUAUAAACAUUUGAGUCCUUGUUUUGACUAAA